AUGUCGUACCUGAGGGCAGAAAUUUACUCGGCUCAGGUCUUACCGGGCGAGCAGCCCGAGGAUAACUCGUUUAACGAAAUCACGAAAGCGUUCCGGUCUUUCAUUAUGGAGUUUCGCCUCAACAACUCCUUCAUCUACAGAGACCAAUUGAGAGAGAACUUGCUCAUCAACAACUUCUACCUCAAGGUUAACUCAGAACACUUGAUCGGAUUCAAUGAGGAGCUCAACAAAAAGCUUUCUGAUGAGCCCAGUGAAAUGGUGCCACUUUUCGAAAACGCCAUCACCGACAUCGCCAAGAGAAUCGCUUUCCUAUCCAACGACGAGGUCCCCCGUGAUUUCCCACACUGUCAGUUGAUCUUGUACUCGAACUCAUCCACCAUUUCCAUCAGAAACUUGGAUUCCGACCACAUCUCAAAGAUUGUGAGAGUAAGCGGUAUCAUCAUCUCGGCCUCAGUGCUCUCCUCCAGAGCCACCAACGUCCAAUUGGUUUGCCGUAACUGUAAGCAUACAUUGAAGAUCAAGGUUGGCUCUGGCUUCGGCCCAUUGAACCUCCCCUCAAAAUGUUUGGCUACUCACAACCACGACGAGUCCAUGUCGCAGCAAAAGUGUCCUCCUGACCCAUACGUCGUUGUGCAUGACAAUCUUGAAGUUGCAGGAGGCCCCGACGCUGUUCCCGUCGGUGAGAUGCCUCGUCAUAUUUUGGUCCAGGUUGAUCGUUACUUAACCAACCAAGUUGUGCCUGGUACGCGUGUUACCUUGGUCGGGACUUACUCCAUUUACCAGUCCAAACAAAGAUCUUCGGGCUCCUCCAACACAGUUGCCAUCAGAAAUCCGUAUUUGAAAGUAUUGGGAAUUCAAACUGACGUCGAUACUGCCGCCCAGGGUCUUUCCUUUACCGAGGAAGAAGAAGAGGAGUUCCUUCGUAUCUCUCGUUUACCAAACUUGUACGAGGUAUUCUCUCGUUCCAUUGCUCCCUCUAUUUAUGGAAACAACGAUAUUAAGAAGGCCAUUACUUGUUUGUUGAUGGGUGGUUCGAAGAAGAUCUUGCCUGAUGGCAUGAGAUUACGUGGUGACAUCAAUGUCUUGCUCCUAGGUGACCCUGGUACUGCGAAGUCUCAGUUAUUGAAAUUCGUCGAAAAGAUUUCUCCUAUUGCCGUCUACACUUCUGGUAAAGGUUCUUCUGCCGCUGGUUUGACGGCUUCGGUUCAAAGAGACAGUCAGACCAGAGACUUCUACUUGGAGGGUGGUGCCAUGGUUCUAGCAGAUGGUGGUGUCGUGUGUAUCGAUGAGUUUGACAAGAUGAGAGAUGAAGAUAGAGUCGCUAUUCACGAAGCCAUGGAACAGCAAACCAUCUCUAUCGCUAAAGCUGGUAUCACCACGGUGCUUAAUUCGAGAACGUCCGUUUUAGCCGCUGCAAACCCUAUUUUUGGUCGUUACGAUGACUUGAAAAGUCCCGGCGAAAACAUUGAUUUCCAAACUACAAUUCUUUCUCGUUUUGAUAUGAUCUUUAUUGUGAAGGAUGACCACAAUGAAUCCAGAGACAAGCUGAUUGCUCAGCACGUUAUGAAUGUUCACACUGGAAACAGCAACAACAACGACAACCAGGAGGGCGAGAUUCCUAUUGACACAAUGAAACGUUACAUUCAAUAUGUGAAGACAAAGUCGCUGGAGAAAUUGCUGUCGCAUUUCGUGGCCAUCAGACGUCGUUUGCAAGUCAAUGAAGCCGAUAUGAAUGAAAGAUCCUCAAUUCCAAUUACAGUUCGUCAAUUGGAGGCCAUCAUCCGUAUCACUGAAUCUUUAGCCAAGCUUACCUUGCUGCCAGUCGCCACACUGGACCAUGUCGAUGAGGCAAUCCGCUUGUUCACUGCAUCCACGAUGAACGCCGUGGAUCAGGGUAUUCAAAGCGGUAACUUAAUGGCUUCGGGCAAGUUUGCCGAGGAGAUCAAGAUCGUUGAGCACGAAUUGAGGAGAAGAUUGCCAAUUGGCUGGUCCACGGCUUACAGAACUCUUCGUAGAGAGAUUGUUGAUGCUGGAAGAGCUACGCCCGAAGCUUUGGACAAGGCUCUACAUAUUAUGGAGAGACACGAGGUGAUCCGUUUCCGUCACCAGAGACAGAAUAUCUUGCGUGUGGGUACAAACCCACGUGGUAUCCCCAAAGCACCUUUCAUUGAGAAGGUUGAAGCUGUUGUCACCGAUCCUUCCAACUAUGAGACGAUCUUCAGCGCUUUCUCUGAUAGAUUACAGCAAUACAAAUACAUGGAGCUUUCCAAGAAGCAGCAACUCGCAGACCUCAACAUAAAAAUUCCUGAUGCUGAGAAGAACCUACAAGUGAUUGACCUUCUCAAACAAAAGAAGGAAAAUGAAGAAGAAGACGACGACAAAGACAAUGCCAUCGAAACAAACUACGAAUUGGACAGCACGCUAUACACAAAAGCUACAAUUGAUGCCAAAAAUCUUAAUUCGGUGUACUUGUGGCUUGGUGCUGAAGUCAUGUUAGAAUACCCCUUGGAUGAGGCUGUUGAGCUCUUAAACUCUAGAUUGGAGAGUCACAAAAAACAGUUGCAGACAGUCGAGGAGGACCUUGAGUUUUUGAGAGAGAGUAUUACUACCAUGGAGGUGAAUACUUCUCGACUUUACAACUGGGACGUUAAGAGAAGGAGGGAGGAGAAGAAAUAG